UUACUCCCCGCCUAGCUGGCUCCGGUCACAUGAUCAUGACGUCAUACUACGUGACCGUCCCUCCUGCCAUGGCGGAUGCGCGGUGGUGAACAGGCUCCGUAGGCGUGAGUGCGGUGAUACCUGGCGGUGGCUGCAUGUGCAAUGGAUAAGGACCUGGUCCGGCAGACCCUGAGUUACCACGGACCCUCUCUGCUGUCCCUGCUAAAGUGCGAACAGCACGAACACGCCGGGUUCAAGCAGCUGCUGGGAGACUUGUCCAAGUGGCCACAGUACAGAAAAGAACGGAACCUUGAUAACAUUGAAAUUCAACAGUUUAUUGCAAGGAAAGCAGAUCUGCUGUUUGCCGUUUCAUGGAAAUCAAAUGUAGAAAAAAAUGCUGAAUCGCACGAAUCAACAGAAGGUUGCUAUGCAGUUAUGCCCCCUUUGGAGCAGUUCAUGGAGGUCCCUAAUGGACAGAAGAGGGAACUCUUUUUUCGAGAUGUUGAACGUGGUGAUGUUGUAAUUGGAAGAAUCGCUUCCAUUCGGGAAUUUGGAUUUUUCAUGGUUUUAAUCUCAAUGGGCAGCGGCAUUUUAAGAGAUGUUGCACCAUUAGAAAUAAGUGCAUUGUGUCCUUUAAGAGAUAUGCCUUCUCAAAGUAGCCAUGGUGAUCCUUUAUCGUAUUAUCAACUUGGAGAUCUAAUCCAAGCUGCCGUAAAGGACAUUGACCGUUACCAUGAAAAGAUCACUCUGUCAUUGCAUAAAUCUUCACUUCCAACACACUUGUCUUAUGUUAAGCUGGGAGUUAUAAACUCUGAGGAUAUGCCAGAAUACCAAAGGCAAAGUGUUGCUCUCUUGUGCCACAGUGACACUUAUGAAAAGGUCUUGAGGCAAUCCUUGGCGUUCUCCAAUCCAUCUACUGUUGAAUUUCUCUUGAAUACACUUGGAUUUGAUGAGACUAAGCCGCCAUCUUUAAUACGAGGCCUUCAAAGGGAAAAAUUUUCUGAUCAAGAUUAUGCUCCCACCUUAAGAAAAAAACAGUCCUCAUCAUGGGCUUUAAAAUGUGUCAAAACAGGUGUUGAUUACUUCAAGCUAGGUCGUCAUGUAGAUGCCAUGAAUGAAUACAACAAAGCUUUGGAAAUCGAUCAUAAAAAUGUUGAAGCUUUGGUAGCAAGAGGUGCCCUAUAUGCUACUAAAGGAAGCUUGAAUAAAGCAAUCAAUGAUUUUGAAGUUGCCUUAGAAAAUUGCCCGACACAUAAGAAUGCAAAGAAAUACCUUUGUCAGACACUUGUGGAGAGAGGAGGACAGCUUGAAGAGGAGGAUAAGCUACUGAAUGCCGAGAGUUAUUACACUAAAGCGUUGGCUAUAGACAAAUUAUUUUCAGAAGCUGAGGAGGCAUUAAACAAAGUGCGCCAGUGUAUACAGAAAUCUUCGGAAAAAAGAGAGAAACAUGAUGAAAAGGAAGAAAAAGCCAAAGAAAAGAAAAUAGAAACAAGUGCAGAGAAAUUGCGUAAACUACUAAAGGAAGAGAUAAGAAAGAAAAAACGCAAACGAAGAUCUUCCUCUUCAAGUAGUUCUUCCUCAGACUCCUCUGAUUCUGCAUCCUCUUCAUCUUCUGCCAGUCAUAAAAAACACAAAAAACAAAAGUUGCGUAGAAAGCAUUCCAUGUCUUCAAGCCAUUCUAGGAAGCACUCUUAUAAUGAAGACGAACAGUGUACCCCUCCUGCAGACACUUCUGCCUCCUUUUUGAAAGUAGACACUCGCAAAGCAUAUGAAGUCCAGGACAGACAGGGUCAUCACAGGAGAUCUAUUGAGGAUAAAAUAAAGAAUCGUUCCCUGUCCUCAUCAUCAUCCAUAGAAUUUAUCGAUAAUGUUGGAGGUAGGUCGGAAGAUUCAAGAGAUUCCUACUGUAGUGCAAAGACUCAGACCAAUAGUAGUCUAUCCCACAGUACAGCUGUGACCAGCAAGUACAGGUCUAGUAAAAGUGAUUCUACAGACUCCUACUACAGAAAAGCAGACGAUAAACGGAAUGAUAAUUAUGCUGAACGUGACAAACCGAAAGCAUUGAGCAGAAGAUCAGAUUCUUAUACAUCUAAGGAUCGCAUUUCUGAUUGUGGAACUACUGAGAGGAAGUCUACUGGGGGUGGUAGUAGUAGUAGAACACAUGAACAGGCUUCCCAAGGUAGUGCAAGUAAAUCUCAUAGAGAUGGCAAAGAGAGAGAGACAGCGCAGAAUGGUAAUUCCACAGCCAACAAGGAUUUGCCUGGGAAUUUACUAAGCCUUCUAAACCAGAUUGCUGAAUUUGAGAAGGAAAAAGGUGUCAAGCAAAAAUGUAAAUAACUUUCUUGCGUCUUAAAAUGGUCCUUUAUGCUAAAAUAAAAAUAUAUUUUGUGUUUACAACAAAAUACAUUUGAA